AUGCAAGUUGCAGUUCAUCAAGAUGAUGCUGAUAUCUUGCUUAAGCAAAGAAAUGUGCUUGACGAAUCAAUAGCUGAGAAAUACAGAGUUGCAGGACAAAUUACGCAAACUGGUCUUCAGUACCUCAUCUCUUUGAUCAACAACAGUUAUCAUUUGCAAACCACGGCGAAAUUAACCAUCCAGCAGUUAUGUUUGUUAUCAGACUCCUUUUUGAUGGAGUUGUUGUCCAGACAAUAUGUCAACAAAGUCAAUGAAAAGGGUAUCGCUACUCCAACAACAAUCAAUGUUAAUGAGUUAGUGAAUGGAUUUGCACCCGAGAUCGAUGAUGAUCGGGAAUUUUACUUUAAAGAAGGUGACGUGGUUACAAUCAGCUUGGGUGUACAGAUUGAUGGCUACACUUCACAAGUGAGCCAUUCCUUGGUGAUAUACCCGGCAAACCCGGUUGAGCAAAAGCCAAUGGGUCCACUUUUGGGCAAUAAUGCAGAUGCCAUUUGUGCUACACAUGCAGCAACAGAGGCGACUAUUGCGCUUUUAGGAUGUUCAUUGUCACCCGAGAAGUUACCGCAAAGCUUGAAAAAUGUAUCUAACCAAAUCACAGGUACACAAAUUCGUCAGCUUGUGGAUGCCAUUGCUGAAGCAUUUAAUUGUGUUGUGGUUCCCGGUUCAAAAGUGAGAAGAGUUAGGAGGUUCCUUGCAGGACAAGCAGAAGGUGUUGUUGCUGAGCGUGAUUUCAAGGGUGUUGUUUGGGAUGAGUCGCACCAAGAGAGCCAGUUGUUGAAUAGAACUGGUAUCAACACAUCACUGAGUACAGACAUUGUCAGUGCAUCAUCAAAACCUGUUGACUCGACUGCCCGUCAAACAGCUGUUCCUUCUGAUGAAUUUGUAGUUAUUCCGGGCGAGGUUUACCAAGUCGAUAUUCGUAUGAGUGGGUUGAGGAAUGGCGAGAGUGAUCAACAGCAGUUGGGUAUAGUUACUACCGAGGAGAUUGAUCAUUUUACUGGAAAGAAUUAUAAGAAGGAGGAUUUCAACGCCAAGGCGUCCAUUUUUAUUAGAGAUUUUGCCAUUGUACACCAGUUGAAAUUGAAGACAGCAAGGAAACUUUUGGGCGAUAUUGAUAGGUCAUUUUCAGUUUACCCAUUCAAGUUGGAUUUUGCUAGUAAGUCAUUCCCUGUUAAUGUUGAGGCCACUGAGGAAUCUAUUAGACAGCUGAUAGAAGAGAUCAAGGAAGAGAUCAAGAGUUUUAGAUUGGGUUCUGCUGAGCUCAUCAACCGUCAUCUUAUACAAUCGAAGCCAAUCCAGAUUACCAAGUUCAUUCCAUUGAAGGAGAUUUUGUUGAGUGCCAAUCCUACUGGUAAGCAUGGUAUUGAUCCAAGCAAGCCUGUGCUUCCAGGAAUGGAAAUUCCCUUGCCACAAUUGGGGAUGUCUUCAAUUAAGCUUAAAUCAUUAUUAAAGACCGGAGUCAACAUUACAAAUGUUAGAGAAUCGUCAACAAUUCUUAUCAACGAGUCUAAGCAGGAAGUGUAUAGAUUAAACGGUGGUAAUGCGACUGCUAGAAUGAGCUGGGUGCAUUCCAAAUACCAGUUGCCCGAAGACUUGCUCAGCGUUGUUAAUCAUUUGAUCCAAUUGACCAAGGAUAGCCGAUUUGGUAUCAAGGUUAAGGAAGUUGGGCCAUACAAGAUGAAGCAACACAAUUUGGCAGUUGAGUCUAUGCAAAUAGAUUAG